AUGGCCCUGCGUAGGAGGCUGUUAUCGUGCGCAUCUCCGGUUGCACAAGAGAACCAUCCCUCUCGCACACUCUGCUCUGCCUUUGGACAACCCCCAAAACAGAACAAUCCCUCCAACUUAUCUAAAUGUACUUUCCUCAAGCUAGACAUGGAACCUGAAUCCCCCAAACAACCUCAAGGGCACAACAGCAACAUCAACAGAAGCAACAAGUUUGGUUUCCUCAAAAUAUUCACUUUCUCCGGCUUUCCCUCUUCACUGCAUCAUCAUCUUGAUCAUCCCGAUCCCAAUUUCCACAAGACUGUGUAUGGCUGUGCAUCCCUCCUCGAAUUUUUAACUAAGCAUGGAAUCGCCUGCGACGUGCCUAAGCUCAUCUGCUUCAUGACACUUCAAUGUGUAAAAAAUUCUGACUUUUUGUUUGUUAUUGACUUCUCUGUCAAAUUCAAAUCAUUGCUCACUCCCAAUUGCUACAAGGCUUUGUUCGAUUCAUUGGCUACUACUAGUUUGCUCCCUGGGAUGAAACAUCUCUACACGGAGAUGUUGGAUGUGGUUUCACCAGGCGUUCACACUUUUAACACAAUGGUUCAUGCGUAUUCUAGUCAUGGGUAUAUGGUGGAGUCCAAUCAGUUUGUGUGUAAGAUGAUUCAGUCUGGUUUUGCUCCUAAUCUUUCCACAUUUACGUCUUUGAUUAUGGGUUACUCUGUCACCAAAGAUUUGGAGGCUGCUCUUAGGGUUUUUCAUAAGAAUAUGGUGGAACAUGGGUGUGUUCCUGAUUCCAAAUGCUAUGAACACCUCAUUUUGGGGCUUUGUUUUACCAAGAAACUAGGAUUAGCACAGAGGUUGUUGGAUCAGAUGCAAAGACAAGGAUUAACUCCAACUUGGGCGGUUUUUGAUGAGAUUGUUAUUUGUUGCUGUAAGCUGAAAAAGUAUGGGGAAGCUGCACAAGUUGUGGAUCAUAUGAUUAGCAGUGGCGGCUACACACCGGAAUUGAUACAUUGCAGAACGUUAAUAUGCGGGCUUUACGAACAAGGACAGAGAGAGAGAGCGGAUGCAGUUUUCCAUAAGCUGCUUCAGUGUGGCGAGUACAGCGAUGAUGACAUAGCUUGGACAAUCCUCAUUGGUGGUUUGCGUUGGAAAAAGGGUCUUGCACAGGAAUUUUCUCCACUGUUCCAAGCAAUGCUAUUAAGUGAGUGUUACUUGAGCCCUCAGACACAUUUUAUGCUUAAUCAGGUGCUUCACAGGAAGGCUCGAUGCGCUUGA